CACUUGUCAAAAAUUUGCAAUUACACCUAACCUCAUUUUUCCUAGUGAAGAUAUUUUCAAUAUUUUGUGUUUUUUCCUUUGGUAUUAUUUCUUUUUAUUAACAUGAACAGUGAAGACUGUCUUGAAAAAACUGACUUCUUUUUAAGAGAAAUUCCAGAUAUUAAAAUUGGCCAAACUGCGCCAAUAAAAAAGAAAAUCGUAAAGGAAGAAUUGCAGUAUCUAACAUUGUCUGAGCUUAUUCAAGAAAAGAUUUUAGACACAUUAAAAUACAUCCAUGGACCUGAUUUUAAACUUAGUGACAUUUCUGACUACGAAGAAUCAAAUUCCAAUCUUCUUAAAAGGUACUGGGUAGGACAAGGUUCUCUAGUAGUAAAAGGAGGUGUAAAUUUUUCACAAAGUAGAGAUCAACCAGAAGAAGAAGCUGAACGAUUGAAACAGUUUGGUCUUAUGAGAUUAGAAAGUUAUGGAUUUCACAGAAAUCACUGUCUGGAAGCAUUUGAAUAUUGCAAAGGUGAUGUUGAAGAUUCCAUAUAUUUGCUCUACCAAAAAUAUUUCAAUUUUGAUGCAGCACCAAAAGAAAUCGAACAUGGGCUAUCUAAAAAAGAACUCACGGAACAACGGGAUGACGAAAGAAGUUCUUUAGAAUCAAUUUAUGAAAAAUCAUUUAAUGUUAAAACUGACGAUGUUUGGAUUCAGAAUUUAAAAAUGGAAUAUCUCAUAGACAUAUUUCACAAUAAAGAAAUAGUAAAAAAGAAAGUUAUCGUAAAGGAUAAGAGGGAAAAAUGCAGGAAUUUGCUUAGGGGUAAUUGUAAAUUUGGUGCCAAGUGUAGGUUUUCACACGAGAUAGAACCGAAAGUUGAAAAAAAGGUAAACUCGCAUUUAGAAGAUUUUGUAUUUGAGUUAGAGUUUCGAUUUCCUAGGAUAACCCAAUACCCCUAUGAACCUCCUUUAAUAUUUUUAAAAACUAACGCAAUACUACCUCCUUUAGUUAAUCUUCACAUUUGUAAGAGGUUAUACGAAGAAGCUAAACUGCUAGCCGAAGAUGGUAUACCUUGCGUAUAUACAAUUACAGAACUUUUACAAAACGAAGAAGAAAUAAAACAGCAUCUCAAGGAAGAAGUAAACUUUUUACAUCCAAAUCAAAAACUGUUUGCAGAAAAAAAAUAUAUUGAAAAGAGGGAAAUAAAACCAAGUCAUUAUCAAAAAGGUAGCAAUAAUAGGUCCAACAAAAAGUUAUUAUCAUUAGAACAAUUACAGAAAGACGACAAAAAGGUUAUAGAAUCGUUUUACACAAAAGUUAAAGAUGACAAAUAUAGGAAGAUGUUAAAUGUUAGGAAAAAUCUGCCUGCGUGGAGCUUACAAAAAGAUAUUUUGAAUAGUAUUAAUCAAUCGCCGGUCGUCGUUGUUAGUGGAGAAACGGGCUGUGGGAAAAGUACUCAGGUACCACAAUUUAUUCUUGACGAAUGGAUAAAGAAUUAUAGCAACGACAAUAGACAUGUAGAGAUCGUUUGUACUCAGCCCAGAAGGAUAUCUGCAAUAGGUGUGGCGGAAAGGGUGGCCGAUGAAAGAGUCGAAAAAAUAGGAAAUACUGUCGGUUAUCAAAUAAGGUUAGAAAGCAAGAUGUCUUCCAGUACCAGGCUAAGUUUUUGUACAACAGGGAUAUUGCUAAGGAGAUUAGAAAGUGAACCGACAUUACCAAACGUUACUCAUGUAAUAGUUGACGAAGUUCACGAGCGUAGCGAAGAAAGCGACUUUCUCCUUUUGAUCUUGAAAGAACUCCUUCAAAUUCGUCCAGAUCUAAAAGUUAUCUUGAUGAGUGCCACUGUAAACGCUUCUUUAUUCUCCCAGUACUUCGGUGAUAUUCCGGUGAUUGAUAUUCCUGGUAGAACAUUUCCCGUAGAGCAAUAUUUUCUAGAAGACAUUUUGGAAACGACUGGAUAUGUCAUGGAAGAUGGUUCGGAGUAUUGCAGAAAGUUGAAAAAAGAUGAAGAUUAUUUGGAAAUAAUGAUGAGCGCCAAUGAAGUUGGUUAUAGUAAUCAGAAACCCAGGGAUAAUGUUAAAGAUGAAAGUUUAAAUGCAAUUCAGGUUUUGGCUAGGUAUCAAGGUUAUAGUAUAACGACGUGUAAAAAUAUAUUCAUAAUGGACCCGGAUAAGAUAAACUACGAUCUCAUCGAACACGUCUUAGAGUGGAUUGUAUCGGGCGAUCAUCAAUAUCCGAAAGUAGGAACUAUUCUAGUGUUUUUGCCAGGAAUUGGUGAGAUAACAACACUAUAUGAUCAACUAAACGUUCAUCCGGAACUAGGCAGGAGACGAGGAAAGUAUCUCAUUUUACCUCUUCAUUCGUCAUUAUCCAGUGAAGAACAGUCAGCUAUAUUCAGAAAGCCCAACCCUGGCCAAAGAAAAAUCGUCCUGUCAACCAACUUGGCAGAAACUUCCAUUACCAUCGACGAUUGCGUCUUCGUUAUAGAUUCCGGUAAAAUGAAGGAAAAACGUUUCGACCCUAAUAGGAAUAUGGAAAGUUUAGAAACAACUUGGGUGACCAGAGCGAACGCUCUCCAGAGAAAGGGUAGGGCUGGAAGAGUAAUGAGUGGAGUGUGUAUACAUCUUUAUACCAAUCACAGGUUUAGACAUAAUUUAUUACCUCAACCAAUUCCAGAAAUUAAUCGAAUACCCUUAGAACAACUAAUAUUAAAUAUCAAAGUGUUACAAAACUUUGAAAAUAGAGAUGUAGUGCAGGUUUUAGGUUCCUUUAUUGAACCACCCACACUGGAAAAUAUAGUAACGGCUGUGAAAAGGUUAGAAAAUGUGGGUGCGUUGGAUAAACAUGAAAACUUGACACCUUUGGGUCAUCAUUUGGCGACUUUACCAGUGGACGUAAGAAUAGGAAAACUAAUACUUUAUGGUGCAAUAUUUGGCUGUGUCGAUGCUGCUCUAACAAUGGCGGCAUGUUUAAGUUCAAAAUCUCCGUUUGUAGCUCCAUUCGGCAAACGAGAAGAAGCUAAUAAAAAGAAACAAACUUUCGCUGUUGGUAUGAGCGAUCAUGUAACUACGUUAAUAGCCUAUAAGAAAUUUCUUGAAAUAUACAAAAAGUCUGCUGUAGCCGCAAGACACUUCGCUGCAGAAAAUUUCCUUUCGUACCGAACCUUAACAACUAUUGCCGAUGUAAAAAAGCAAUUUUUGGAACUCUUAGUCGAUAUAGGUUUUGUACCAGUCAAUUUAAGUACGAGAAGAAGAUUAGGUUGGGAUGAUGUAUACGAAAUUACUGGUGCGGAGUUUAACAGAAAUGGAGAAAAUAUUCGUUUAUUAUCAUCGAUAUUGUGCGCUGCAUUAUAUCCGAACGUUGUCAAGAUCCUAACGCCAUCUAAGUCGUAUAUCAUGAGUUCGGCAGGAGCUGUACCCAAAGAAAACGAUGCCAAAGAUUUGAAAUUUACAACAGUGCAAGAAACAGUAUUUAUGCAUCCAAGCUCUAUAAACUACAGUGUGAGGAACUUUCCCAGUCCAUAUCUAGUCUACCAAGAAAAAAUCCAAACCAGUAAAGUAUUCUUCAGAGAAUGUACCAUGGUUCCUGUUCUACCUCUUAUACUAUUCUCCUCGUAUGACUUGAACAUCAACGUUCAAGGCGGUAACACUUUCAUCGUCUUGGAAGACGGUUGGGUAGUUUUCCAAGUGGACGAGCACAAAAUAGCUGAAAUGAUCAAAUUCAUUAGGAUGGAACUGUUCAAUCUUUUGGAAGAAAAAAUUCGAGAUCCUCUAUUGAAUCUACUUCAUCACGAUAAAGGAGAAAAAAUAAUUUCGACUAUAUUAGGAAUGAUAAAUUCUCACUGACAGUAAACAACACUGCCGUGUUUGUAAAUAAAAGUAUUUAUUUUUGUACCGAAUGUCGUGAGAACGAAUCUUUGAUUUGUCAAAGUUUAUGGAAAUACAUUAAUCGUUUUACAA